AUGUCCUACUUCAUGUCUCCACAAACUCAUCUGGGUCUUCUGCCUUCUGGCCAAGGUGGGGCUGCUGCUCCGGGCUUGUCCCUUGGCCUCUGUAGCCCUGCAGAGCCAGUGGUGGUGGCCCCUGGUGGGCUGGGCCCGUUGAGCCAGAAAGCUGAGCGGCUGACACCUGUUGCCCAGGCCUGGGGCUCCGCCCUAGCCAUGCCAGAAGCCAGGGGCUGCCCUGACGGGGCUAGCUGGGAGCCACUGCCGCGGAAGGAGUACAGCCAAUACUGCCACAAACUCUCCACCAUGAGGCAGCCGGAGAGCUUGGGCUGGGAGGAUGGCUGUUCCAGAGGCCGAGCACCCCAGCUGGGUGGCCCCAGCCGGCCCAGGCCCCUGCUGCUGUGCAGGGUGUCACCAGGGGUUCUGCAGGUACCCUCUGAGGCAGGGGGGCAGGAGGCCGGCUCACAGCCCAACAUCUGCAUCCUAACCUUGGCCAUGAUGAUUGCUGGCAUCCCCACCGUGCCCGUCCCAGGCCUGCGGGAAGAGGACCUGAUCCGGGCAGCUCAAGCUUUCAUGAUGGCCUAUCCAGAGCCAGAGGGAGCUGUGGAAGGGAUGCGGUGGGAACAGGUGCCCGCCCAUACGGCCUCUGGGCAGAUGCCCCUAGUGAGACCCAGGAGGGGCCCGCCUCCUGGCUCCUGCUUGUAGCUGGAUGAAAUAGCACCAGA